CGUUCACUUUAGAAGUUCAAUUAAAGUCUAUCAUCAAAUCCCAGCAAAAAGAUCCUCCCAAAUCCCAAUUCAUUGAAAACAGCAGAGUUUGCAGAGGAGCAAAGCCGGUGACUGCUCCGAUCUCAUUCUCAGGUCUACUGCCACAUUAUUUUCCCCCUAAAUUGAGCAUCCGAUUCAUCUGUAAUUUUCACUCUCUGUUUGGUUUUCUUGGAUUGGUGUUGAAGAUGAUGGGCUUGUGAGUCUUGGAAUAUAUGUGUUGGGUCUUAGAAAAAAAAUGCGGUUGUUUCCGCUGAGCUCUAGCUCGAGCUCGAGCAUGGACAACGAGCAGCGCGAUGGAGUACAAAAAAGUCGGGCUUUGUUGUACCUCAAUGUCUAUGACCUCACGCCCGUAAAUAACUACCUUUACUGGUUCGGCCUCGGCGUCUUCCAUUCGGGUGUUGAAGUGCAUGGUUUGGAGUAUGGCUAUGGAGCACAUGAGUACUCUUCCAGUGGGGUGUUUGAGGUGGAACCAAGAAGUUGCCCUGGCUUCAUCUUCAGACGGUCAGUGUUGUUAGGCAGCACUGAUAUGUCUCGUUCGGAAUUCCGAUCGUUUAUGGAACACCUUUCUGCAAAAUAUCAUGGGGACACUUACCAUUUGAUUGCCAAGAACUGCAACCACUUCACAGAUGAAGUUUGUAUGCAGCUAACUGGAAAGCCUAUACCAGGAUGGGUUAAUCGACUUGCCCGAUUAGUUUCAGGUUCUUUCUGCAAUUGUCUUCUGCCAGAAAGCAUUCAGGUUACAUCAGUAAGACAUCUUCCUGAUCAUCCAACAUGUUCUGAUGAUGAGGGGUCAGAAUUUGAUGAAUCAUAUGCAUCAGCAGAGAGUGUAGAGGAGCCAAAUCAUCAUCUGCUGACCGCACCAAGUGGUGAUGUAGCUUUUCUGAAGGAAAAACCAGUGAGACUAGCAAGGGAGCUCAUGUGAUUAUUUCCUCGAAUUCCCAAUUGGAAUUGCCUCUCUCUUGGGUCCCCUCCUGUUGUUUGUAGGAGCCCAGGUGUAUCGGUGAACAUUUCUCAACUAAAUUAUUCAAGAAUCUCAAUAUAUUUAUCCUGGUACGGUGUAUCAACCCAAGAGUUGUAUGAUGCCUGUAUUGUUUUGAAAUGUAUGAUUGUGCUCAGAUUAUUCCUGUACCAUCAUCAGCUAUUAAUUUGUUAGUACAGUAUAAUUCUUAUAUGCAAGGGUUGUUUGUAUUUGCAA